AUGGCGGAACCCCAGGUGUUUGGCACGAAAGACGGCGCACGGAUCGGGUACCGUGUGUACGGCACGAGCGAUGCGCACCUCCCCCUUGUGCUGGUGAAUGGCAUGAGCGCCAUCAUGCAGGACUGGGAGGAGCUCGCGCAGAGCAUCUCGCAGACGCGCAAAGUUGUCCUCCUGGAUCACCGCGGCAUUGGCGCAUCACACAUGUCCGAGAACGAAGAGGAGGACUACACGAUCGAUAUGAUGGCGGACGAUGUGCUUGCUCUGCUCCGUCAUCUGCGCUUCCAAAAGGUCGACUUGCUGGGCUUCUCGAUGGGCGGCCUGGUCGUCCAGGCGGUCGUGACACACCCCGAUGCGAAGCCCGUCGAGGGCGGCGUGGUGAUUGAUGGCGUGGAAGUGCGACAUGUUGUGCUCUCGGCGACCUUUGCCAAGAUGCCCAAGAGCGAGUUCAAGCCGAAGAACAUUCCCACUGGUAAAGGUAUGAGCCGCGAGGAGCGGAACCGCGCCGUGACUGAAUUCAUGAUCAAGAUGCAGUACCACGACGCGGCGAUCGGUCCCGACGGUCCGCUCGCGAAGCGCGCCAGUGAGCGCAUCGACUUGGCGCUCGGCACGCGCCGCCCCCAGAUGGUCAUUGCGCAGCAGGCUGGCGCCAUUGCGCAGUUUGAUGCGCGCGAGGGCUUGCAAAGACUUCCCCGCACGCUCCCUGUGCUCAUUAUCCACGGCAAGUAUGACCGGAUGGUCGACUAUGGCGAGGCCAAGAUCCUCGAGGAAAACAUUCCGCAGGCCAAGCGCCACAUUCCCUCUGUCCAGGGCGAUGCGGAAGCCUUUGGGCACAUGUGGUUCGACUACUUUGACCUCCAGUCGGCCUGGGUCCGUCCCCUCACCCACUUUCUGGACGGCCCUCCGGCCAAGUUGUAG